UUUAGGGUCUUUCAAAAAUAGAUUUUAUUUUUUCCCCUAAGUACAACUAGAGCUUGUGAGAGGUCGGGGCACGGGUGUGUGUGAGUAAGGGGGCAUCUGGUCUCUCUUCUCCCAUCCAGUGCCCCCUGAAUUGUGAGGACAGGUUGAUGGAGGCGGUGACCCUAGACACUCCAGCCCUGUCUCUGUGUCUUAGCCUUGCAGGCAGCCCCGAAGAAAACAAAGGGCAGCCCCGGAGGGCCCAGACGCGACCUCUGGGGUCACGCCUGCAAAGCAGCCAGAGGCUCGCUGCAACGCCCUCCUGCAACUUGGGGCCCAGAUGCCCUCCUCCGGGCCGCUGCAGGAGGCGCAGCCAGGGUCAGAAGGCAUGCUGGGUCCCCACCUCCCUCAAAGUGCCCUCCUGAGCUCCCCCUUUGUGUCCUGUAUUCUGGGAGUUUGCCUGUCAUCUGAAGCCACCGCAUUUACUAGGAUAUUGGGGUCACUGGUCCAGGACGCAUGAUGGGUGCCGAGACUAGAGAGCCGUGACAGAAACCCCAGCCUGGCGUGACUGUGGCGCCUGCUGUGCGUACCUGUCGGCUAGAAUUUGAGGAUGUAGGGUCAAAAGGUGACCCUUAGUGUCACCAAGUCAGGAUCCCAGCUAGUUGCGCCACGGGGGUGGGAGAGUGCUUCCGUAAAAGGACUUGAAAAAUAAAUGGUCUCAUCUUCACACUUGCUUGGCCGCGUGCAUUUAGAAGAAGGGGCUGGUGUAUGGGUAAAUGGAUGCUGUCUCUUUAAAAUCGCUGGGCUGGACAAUGAGCGCACAGGAUGUGGUUUGGCGGCAGGGUUUUUUCCCCUUCGAUUUGGGGAAUUAUCACUUGGGGCCUUCUUGAGCUGGUGUGAACGCGCGGCGGCUGGGGAGGGGAGAUACAGGCGCCACACUCACGCUCAGUGCAGUCGGUCGUUUGCUUAAACCAAAUUAGCCGGGCUCUCGUUACUAUGGUGCAGCCGGGGCUUGCAGAGUCCCAGUAAUAGCAUUUAUUAGGUCUGUUUGCCUGGAAGCAUGCCUUCCCGGAUCUGAUAAUGCCCGGGUGCAGAAGAGUGUGGGAGAUGGUAUCAAGCAUUUGAUUACACUUGCAACAGGGAUUUUUUAAGGGGUAGGGCGUGGGGAGGGAGGAAAGAGAGAGGCCAACCGCCGUCCCUCGCUCUCCCGGGCGCGGUCUCUGCAGCCCGCUGCGGGCUGCACAAAGGGCGGCCCCGACCUCCCCAGGGCACGGUCGCGGGAGGGAGGUCGUGCUCCGGGCUCCCGCAGCUGUCAGACGUGGGUGGGGAGGAGCAAGGGCGGGCCGGCGGCCAGAGCGCGGAGUUGGGCAGCCAGAGGGGGGCCCCGCGGCGCCCGCAACCUCCCACUGUUUGCAAACGGCCCGCUGCCGGGCAGAGGGGAGCAUUGAGCAGUCUGAAGCGGGAGCAUCCGCUACGGGCCCUCGGCGGCCGGUCUGGUCAGGCUCCGCGGCCGCGCACGGGCAGGUCGCAAGUGGGACUCUCGUCACCGCAGCGCGCAGCCGAGAGCUCCAGGAGGACGCGGCGCAGACGGAAGGAGCCGCCCGCCGCUGCGCCCCUUCCCUUUCGCUUUCAUUAGGGGAGACAAAUCUGCUGUCAGGCAGCCAGCUUUCCAAUUUACCGAUAAUGAUUCUUGCAUGAAAAUUGAUCGAGGGGCUCUCCACCGCCGCGCGCUCUCGCCUCCCGCUCUCCUGCUCCUGCCGGCUGCGCCCCCGCGAGUUCCUCCUCCUCUUCUCCCUCCUCCCCACCCCCUCCGUCUGAGUCAGUGGUGGGACGCCGGGCGGGGAGAUAACCAAAAAGGGGGGGGUGCUGGUGCGAAGGGGGAAGGGAGUCUGCCCCGCCAGCGUCCCUAGCCCAAGACUUGUUUGUCGCCGCCGCCUCUCCUAUUGACUAGGCGAAAUCUGCCCCUCGGUACUUCUAGGCUGUUUGGGUAUUAAUUUUCUCCACCCCCAGCACCCCUGCCGAGCGCCCCCUCCUCCACUCCGCACCCCGCCCCUCCUCACCCAGUAGCUAAGGGGAAACGAAAACAAAGCCGAUUUCUCCUUGGCAACCAGAUGCCCCCUCCCGCCGCCCCCCUUCCUUUUCCCUUCUGGUUCUGAACGUGAAACCCUGUUGGAAACAGGUCUCUUGACCCUCGCCCUUGACAUUCAAAUGGCUGAAUGGAGGCGAGAUUGCUGUUCGCACGUCUUAGGGGGUGCUUUUUUUCUCUCCCUUUUCCUCUCUCUCUCUCUCCUGUCUCUUUUUCUUUCCAAUGAGUAAUCCCUGAAGACCUUAACCCCCCAAUUUCAUCACCCUCACCGCCCCCCUUUAUUUUUCUCUCUCCUGCUCUCCCGCCCUCUUCCCUCCACCAGCUCCCCCUCCUUUUUUUUUUUAAUUUGCAUCUCAAGUCCAAAAGGCAGAAAAUACACACGCGGCGAAGACGCCGGGCCGCGGUGGAGGCUCCGGCCCUUCCUUGGUCAAUUACCUCACUGUGGAUCUGCUCGGGCCGAGGUGGCCGAACCUGCCCGGGCGCUGGACUGAGAGGCAGCCUUUGAUCUUGGAGAGGAAAGGAAAAAACACACAAACUGGUUUCAACCCCCAGCGUUCUGGGGAUCGCUCUUUUGCCUUCAGUUUAUUGUUUUGGACAUUUUUGAGCGCCGUGGCUUGGACGCUGGUUUUGUUUCAUUGCUGGACUUGAAUUUUUUUUUCCCUCAUUUCCUUCUUCGUCCCUCUCUGGCCACUAUGGAAUUCUAACCUGAGCCAUGUUCGGACUGAAGCCGCCUCUCUAUUACUUACCAGGCAUGAGCCAUGAGCCCAAGUCCCCUUCAGUAGGGAUGCUUUCCACGGCGACCAGGACCACCGCCACCGUCAACCCCCUCACCCCCUCACCACUCAAUGGCGCCCUGGUGCCCACCGGUAGCCCGGCCACCAGCAGUACGCUGUCGGCCCAGGCCGCGCCAUCCUCCAGCUUUGCUGCCGCGCUGCGCAAGCUCGCCAAACAGGCAGAGGAGCCCAGAGGGUCUUCACUGAGCAGCGAAUCGUCCCCGGUGUCCUCCCCAGCUACCAACCACAGCUCUCCAGCCAGCACGCCCAAGAGAGUGCCCAUGGGUCCCAUCAUUGUGCCCCCUGGGGGUCACAGUGUCCCCAGCACUCCCCCUGUGGUCACUAUUGCGCCCACCAAAACCGUCAAUGGAGUCUGGAGAAGCGAGAGCCGCCAGGACUCUGCCUCACGAGGCAGCAGCAGUGGUCGGGAGCGCCUGCUCGUGGAGCCCCCUCUAGCUCAGGAGAAGGCAGCAGGCCCAGCCAUCCCCUCCCACCUGCUCAGCACCCCAUACCCCUUCGGCCUCUCCCCCAGCUCAGUUGUACAAGACUCCCGCUUCCAACCACUCAACCUCCAGCGGCCUGUGCAUCACGUGGUACCCCCCAGCACGGUGACUGAGGACUACCUGAGAAGCUUCCGACCCUACCACACGGCUGAGGACCUACGCAUGUCCUCCCUGCCUCCACUUGGCCUGGACCCAGCCACCGCUGCUGCCUACUACCACCCCAGCUACCUGGCCCCACACCCGUUCCCCCACCCGGCCUUCAGGAUGGAUGACUCCUAUUGCCUGUCAGCCUUAAGGUCUCCGUUCUACCCCAUCCCCACUCCUGGUUCCCUGCCUCCGCUGCACCCAUCAGCCAUGCACCUGCACCUCUCUGGGGUCCGCUACCCACCUGAGCUCUCACACUCAUCCCUGGCAGCGCUGCACUCGGAACGGAUGUCCAGCCUCAGUGCAGAGAGGCUACAAAUGGAUGAAGAGCUGCGGAGGGAGAGAGAGCGGGAGCGAGAACGUGAGCGGGAGGCCGACCGAGAGCGGGAGAAGGAGCGCGAGCGGGAACAGCGGGAGAAGGAGCGGGAGAAGGAGCUGGAGCGAGAACGGGAGAAGGAGCGGGAGCGGGAGCUGGAGCGCCAGCGGGAGCAGCGGGCGAGGGAGAAGGACCUGCUGGCUGCCAAGGCGCUGGAGCCCACCUUUCUGCCUGUGGCUGAGCUGCAUGGGCUCCGGGGCCAUGCCACUGAGGAGCGGCCCAAGCCCUCAGAGCAGCUCACCCCAACCCGAGCAGAGAAGCUGAAGGAUGUGGGCUUACAGGCACCCAAGCCUAUGCAGCAUCCGCUGCACCCAGUGCCUGCCCCACACCAUACCGUGCCCAGCCUCAUCUCCAGCCACGGCAUCUUCUCUCUCCCGGGGAACAGUGCCGCCACCGCACUGCUGAUCCAGCGCACCAACGAGGAAGAGAAGUGGCUGGCACGCCAGCGACGGCUGCGGCAAGAGAAGGAAGACCGCCAGUCCCAGGUGUCCGAGUUCCGGCAGCAGGUGCUGGAGCAGCACCUGGACCUGGGCCGACCCCCAGUGCCCGCAGAGGUGGAGCACAGGCCUGAGAGCAGCACCAGGCCAGGACCAAACCGUCAUGACCAGAGCAGCCGUGAACCCCCACAGCACUUUGGUGGGCCCCCACCCCUCAUCUCACCCAAACCCCAGCACCAUACUGUGCCCACAGCCCUUUGGAACCCAGUGUCUUUGAUGGACAAUGCCCUGGAGACGAGGCGGGCUGAGAGCCACUCCCUGCACAGCCACCCGACGGCUUUUGAGCCCAGCCGUCUGGCUGCCGUGCCAUUGGUGAAAGUGGAGCGUGUCUACUGCUCUGAGAAGACAGAGGAGCCCCGGAAGCGCGAGGCCACACCAUUGGACAAAUACCAGCCAUCGCCAAGGGAGACAGGAAACCUGGAACCUCAGGCCUUUCCCCAUGGACCUGGGCCUUUCCUUGCUGAACUUGAGAAAUCAACACAGACCAUCUUGGGCCAGCAACGGCCCUCCCUUUCCCAGGCGACCUCCUUUGGGGAGCUCAGUGUGCCCCUGAAGCCAGGCUCUCCCUUCUGCCACCCCACACCGAGGGGCCCUGACCCAGCGUACAUCUAUGAUGAGUUUCUUCAGCAACGCCGGAAGCUGGUCAGCAAGCUGGACCUGGAGGAGCGCAGGCGGCGAGAAGCUCAGGAGAAAGGGUACUACUACGACCUCGAUGACUCUUACGAUGAGAGUGAUGAGGAGGAGGUCAGAGCACACCUCCGCUGCGUGGCUGAGCAGCCACCCCUCAAACUGGACACAUCCUCUGAGAAGCUAGAGUUUCUGCAACUUUUUGGCUUGACCACCCAACAGCAGAAGGAGGAGCUGGUGGCACAGAAGCGCCGGAAGCGGAGGCGGAUGCUGCGAGAGAGAAGCCCAUCGCCACCAGCGAUUCAGAGCAAGCGGCAGACGCCUUCCCCCAGGCUGGCUCUGUCCACCCGCUACAGCCCCGACGAGAUGAACAACAGCCCCAACUUCGAGGAGAAGAGGAAGUUCUUGACCUUCUUCAACCUGACGCACAUUAGUGCAGAGAAGAGGAAAGACAAAGAGAGGCUUGUUGAAAUGCUCCGUGCCAUGAAGCAGAGGGCACUGUCUGCAGCAGACUCAGUGACAAACUCCUCGAGGGACAGUCCUACCAUCUCCCUGAGUGAACCAGCCACACAGCCAGCUCCUCUGGAGACAGACCAACCUGCCGGGGUCCCUGCCUCUUUAUCAGAUGUCCCAAAGGCCGUGGAAACUGGGAGACUGGAACAGCUCCGGCCCCAGGAGCUCUUGAGGGUUCAGGAGCCAGCUCCUACCGGCGGUGAGAAGGCCAGGCUGAGUGAGGCCCCUGGGGGCAAGAAGAGCCUGAGCAUGCUCCAUUAUCUCCGGGGCGCUUCGCCCAAGGACAUUCCUGUGCCGUUGUCCCACAGCAUCAACGGAAAGAACAAGCCUUGGGAACCCUUCAUGGCAGAAGAGUUUGCACACCAGUUCCACGAGUCAGUACUGCAGUCAACACAGAAGGCUCUGCAGAAGCAUAAAGGGAGCUCGGCUGUGCUAUCUGCAGAGCAGAACCACAAGGUUGACACGGCAGUCCACUACAACAUUCCUGAGCUGCAGUCCUCCACCCGGGUUCCCUUGCCCCAGCACAAUGGACAACAGGAGCUGCCUGCUGGGAGGAAGGGCCCCCCUGUGCAGGAGGUGGACCAGGACUCUGAGGAAGACAACGAAGGUGACAGUGAAGAGGAAACUGAGGAAGCCCCCAGGCGCCAGUGGCAAGGGAUUGAGGCAAUCUUUGAAGCUUACCAGGAACACAUAGAAGAGCAAAACCUGGAGCGGCAGGUGUUACAGACACAGUGCCGGCGGUUGGAGGCACAGAACUACAGCCUCAGCCUGACUGCAGAACAGCUCUCUCACAGCAUGGCGGAGCUGCGGAGUCAGAAACAGAAGAUGGUCUCAGAGCGGGAGCGGCUCCAGGCGGAGCUGGACCACUUACGGAAGUGCCUUGCCUUGCCCACCAUGCACUGGCCUAGGGGCUACUUUAAGGGAUAUCCAAGGUGACGGUUUCCCUUGCACUAGGCUGAACCUAUAGCAUAGAAAUAUUAUCUAUUUUAUUACCUUGAAUAUUUAAUAUUUUUCACUGGGAGGUUUGAAGCUUACAAAUUGAGAACGUGCCAUGCAUGAAACAAAGAAUUCCAGGCUCCAGAGAGGACAUCACCUCGAGUCACCUGUCUCAGCUAAGACUCAGUUUCUCUUUCUAAUGGCGGUUGUAUUCCUUCUUUCCCCAUGUUCUUUGUCUCCAACCCUGAUGCCCACCGUGCAUGUGGCUAAGGGAGAGCCAACUGGCUAUUUCUUGUGUUGCUGUGCCUCGAGAGCCCUGCUUGCUCUAGCUGUGGCCUGGGAGUUACCUCCUCCUCCCAGGAAGACUAACUUGCACUGAGAAAGCUGGGUGUAUGCAAGCAAGGGCUCACGAUUGGUCACCUUCCUGCGCCAUCGGCAAAGCCACAGGUCCUAGGAGCAUGCAAGCUAGUCAAGGCUUCUCCCUGGAACAGCUCUUAGGAAAAGAGGCAAACCCACACCCGAAGGUACCUUAUUUUCCUUGGGGAAGAUGAGUGGAGCUGUCCACAGAUAGCCCACCCACUGGAUUGCUACCGCUGUGUGGCGUUUUCAUACAAACAUGUUUUGAGAGAAAAGUCAAAGGUGCUUCAGCCUUGUACUGUGUAUAUAUUAAAAAAAAGUUUUGUAUGUUUUUAUUACUUUAAUUAUUGUUAUAAAAAGCCUGCCAUUUUUAAUAUGUGGUUUGGGGAAUUUUGUUUGUUUUUCCUGUUUGGGGGUUCCUUUUUUUUUGUUUGUUUUGUUUUCGUUUUUUCUGGUUAAAAAAAGCAACCUGCUUUUAGUGUUUGUGCUGCUGCUGGUCAGGACAUUAAAGUGCUCAAGUUUUAGAAAGUAGAGCUCACCUAUGCGGCGUCCCACACGGCAGGGCUGAGGGGCACUCGGGGCUAGUCUGCUGUUGAGAUCAGAGUGACCCACAUGCAGCAGGAACUUGAAGUAAAGCUGCGGGAGCUGAGCUCCUGCGACAGGCACAGCUAUGACAGAGGGCUCUGGGUUAUCUCCUUUCCCAGUUCCAGCUCCUCAGCUGGGUUGACCAACUUGAGAGCCUCUCCCUGCCAGAGCUUGUGGCUGUCACUCCAUAAGAAUGGGGAGAGGAAGCUGAGCCUACCCUUGGCCACCAGGCUUAAUGGCGAUACAGAGCAGCUUGCUGGCAGUCCCCCUGCCAAGAAUCUAGUCAUUAGCAAACUCGGACAAGAAUAGUGCCACCAGUAUUGUCAGCAGUCCCUCCCUUGGCACAGGAGCAACAGCAGAGAGGCAAUGCUAAGGCCUCUGCCCCAUAGUCAGUUGGAAAUGGUGUGCAGGUGAGCAGAGGCUGCAUGCCCAGGGACACAGCGUUCCCCAAGUUCCCAAUUAAAUGCUGCUUGUGCUCACACCUUAGUGUUUAGUUUUCCUGUCCUAGGCUAAACUCCACUGAAGACUGGAAGCUUUUGCUAAUCUGCUUGGUAUGCUUUGGGAAAAGUAGGCCCCAUAACUAAGGGCACGCGCACAGCCCCUCCCAUUAUCUCAUAGGAAUUCCCCUGGCUGAGUAUGUGACCAUGCAAGAGAUAGCUUCCCAGGUUGGCCUGGGGCACAAGCUGAGCCACUGGCCUGGCAAUGCCUAUGUCCCUUCCAAACAAACGCCCUUGCCUGCCUGUUGAGCCCUGAAUAUUCCCAUGCUCACAAGUGACAUGACAAUCAGAAUCGGGUACAAGCCAGUAAGGUGGCAGGCAAGUGUGCCACUCCCACCACACGUGGUCCUCCCAUCCCACAUAGUCUAAGACACUGAUGAAGCGGAAAACACAGUACAAUCUUCCAGGUACCACACACAGUCCCCGGAGGUCUUCCAACCUUUCCCCACUACAGAUCUGCUCCAGGAUGGACUGUGUAAAAUGAGUAUGUACAUGAGAUACUGUACAUCCAAUUCUUGACCGUGUCUUCCCACUUCACCUCCAAGGGAUAGUUGCCAUCUGUCCUGACUGGAAAUUUCACCAAGCUUGUGAUAGACACACACAGUGUUAGAUCCCAUAGCUCCAUGUUUGAUUAGAUCUUUUUUUAAAGAAAAAAGUUUCGUAUCAUUGGAGCCAAACUGAUUCAAGACCGGCCAUCAUGAGUGACUAAGAAAGGACUGUCAACACUUUAGUACAUGGUACCUGAAAGACCCACAGCUUGUACCAUCACACCAGACUGUACCACUAGGGUACCCAGAGGAUCACAGGGAGAGCUGCCCCAACAGUGGGGAAUUGCAGCCAUGCUCACAGCACUGCCAAAUCUCAGUUAAACUGAACUGCAAACGUAGAUGCCUCCCUCCCCUGCCCUCUGACCAGGUCCCAGCAUGGAGAUGGCCCGCACAGCAGGCUCAGCACCUCUGAGGUGUGCAUUAGCGCUUAGCAGCAGUCUGUACUCUUCCAAGUAGUCAAGCUCUGGCGUCACUGCUUGCCGUAGCCUGUCCCCACUGUCUGAUCCAGUGCUUAACCUCAACCCUAGAGGCUGCCUUGACCCGAGGAGGCAUCUCACUGGUUUUGUACUUGUGUGUGCCCUACACCUCAUUGCUAGGGCAGCGGACCCAGGCAGGAGGGAGGACGGGUGCCUCGGUCACUCUGGGGGCAGUUUAGAUGCUGUGAAAUUAAACCCGUUCUAAGUGUACUUGUUUGAAUUAACUGUAUUGUAAUAUUAUUUGUUGAAUGUAGUAAUUAGGUAUUUAUGAAUAUAUUGCUGUAAUUUCUGACAUCCCAAAAAUAAAAUCUUCCUAAAUCA